GUCUUUGUUAUACAGAGUAUUGCGCUAGGCUGGAGGGGAGGGGGGCAGCCUGCAAACCAGCGUCUGUCCCUGGAGCCCCUCAUCCCCACUGCAGCAAACCCGCCCAGGGUGCUAGCGAGGCGCCUCCUCUGGGGCCCUGAAGCCUUGGGAGGGCCCCGGGGGGCCGGGGAUCCCCAACGCGAGCGCCCCAGAGCCGGCCACCGGCCACCGGGGGUGCGUGCUUGUGGCUUUGUUAGGAAUAGCAGCCUCUGCUGCCUGAGCCUGAGCCUUACACAGGCAGAGAAGCCAUUUUAGCGAAUGGAGCUGGAGCUGCUGCUGCUGCUGCUGCUGGGGCCAGAAUAGCAGCUCCCACUUCUCCGUUCCUCAGUAGCACUGAGCUUCUCUCGCUUCCUCAGUAAGGGCAUCGGGCGCCGGGCCCCCCUUUCAGCCGCCUUUCCUUGGGAGUUCACCAUGGCUAAAGGUGACCCUAAGAAACCGAAGGGCAAGAUGUCCGCUUAUGCCUUCUUUGUGCAAACUUGCCGGGAAGAGCAUAAGAAGAAAAAUCCAGAGGUUCCUGUUAACUUUGCAGAGUUUUCUAAAAAGUGCUCGGAGAGGUGGAAGACUAUGUCAGGGAAAGAGAAAUCCAAGUUUGACGAGAUGGCAAAAGCUGAUAAGGUACGAUACGAUAGAGAGAUGAAAGACUAUGGACCAGCGAAAGGUGGCAAAAAGAAGAAGGAUCCUAAUGCACCUAAACGGCCACCGUCUGGCUUCUUCCUGUUCUGUUCAGAAUUUCGCCCCAAGAUCAAGUCUACAAAUCCUGGCAUAUCCAUUGGGGAUGUGGCAAAGAAGCUUGGUGAAAUGUGGAACAAUCUGAGUGACAGUGAGAAGCAACCUUAUAAUAAUAAGGCAGCCAAACUGAAGGAGAAAUACGAGAAGGAUGUCGCAGAUUAUAAGUCGAAAGGGAAGUUCGAUGGGGCAAAGGGGGCGGCUAAAGCUGCCCGGAAAAAGGUAGAGGAGGAAGACGAGGAGGACGAGGAAGAAGAGGAGGAGGAGGAGGAUGAAGAAGAUGACGAAUGAAACUGUACCAUAUUCUGUCUCCAUGUGAAUACCAUAGAGUAGGGGAAACACCUUUAAAUGAAACACCUCUUUGUGAUGGUGUUGAUUGCCCUCAUUAGGCUUAAUUGGCUUCUGAUCACAUAGCUUCUCAAAAGUGCUUCUAGAUAGACAUUGUAACUGGUUUACUUGAAGUGGCCAUGGGUAUCUCGGAGCACCCAGAAACUGUAUCAAAGUUGUACAUAUUUCCAAACAUUUUUAAAAAUGAAAAGGCGUUCUCGUGUUCUCCUCACUCUGUGCACUUUUGUUGUUGGUGUAAAACAAACAUUUACAAAUGUUUUCAGGCAUUUUUUUUUUUUUUUAAUUUGUAAGGUGGUGUUUAACUAUAUGGUUAUUGGCUAGAAAAUUAUGGGUUAUAAAACUGUACAUAUCUAUAGUUUGUAAAAACAAAAACCCCACACCCCUAGACAGAUUCUUGGGGUCCAGGCUUGAAGGGGGCAUGAGGCUUGUCUGCCUUUCCUAGGGGGCUGCAACCCAAAGCCUACACUGUGAGGGUAGAUUGCAGAUAUACUGCAAUGGGUGUCCAUUUAGCUUACAAGUUGUCUUUCUGUAUAUAUAGUGAAAUAGCACCCAACUCCCUUUCUUAGGUGUCACAAGUGGGGGGGUGGGGGUGGGGGUCAGCUGGCAUGAGAAGUGUCUGGAUUUUGCUUUUCUUUUUAGUUGAAGUGCAGUAGUUUUAAAUUGAAGUGUAGACUUCCACCUUGUAUCAAACAGAAAGCCAGAGCAGUGAUGCAAGGAACAAAAAAAAAAGUCUCUUCUUAAACACAAUUUGGAACAUUCUGGUUUUUUUUUUGUAUGUUUAGAAUGCUAAAAUGUCUUUUGAAGCAAAAUAAACAGUAUUACACUUUAAAAAAACCUUUCUCGACACCAUUCAAAAUUUCUGGGUUUCAAGUAGACUACCCCAAAACAAAACAGUACUUUGGAAGACCCAUAUCCCCAUGAAUGUGGUAUUGAUAAGUCAGUUAUUUCCUAGUUAUCUACCCUAUCACCUCUGUUUAAAAAAAAACAGCAAAAAACAAAAAAAAAAAAACACUCCCCAGCAGGGAUGGGGUUCAAGGGAGUGACUACUUUAAGCUACUCUGUCAUUUAGAUUGUUAUUAUAUGAGUAGCCUUAAGAUGGUAUGCAAGUCCGUUAACUUGGAUGAGGGUUUUUUUUUUUGGGGGGGGGGCAGUGUUUAAAAAAAAAAAAGGGGACCCUUCCUGGCCUGUAACAACUUUCAAAAAUACUGAAAAGCAGGUGGUGAGAUUUAAUUCCACUAACAGGUUUUGACUCUCCACCCCCUUUCUCUGGUUAAGUUGGGUAUGCAUUUACUAUAUGUACUAAAAUGUGCCUUUUAAAAAAAAAAAAUCUUUUUUUUUUUUUUUUUUUACUUCAAAUUUGCUUGGGGGGCACCUCCCUGCCACCCCUCAGUUUUGGUCUAAUGCUAGAAACUUCAGUUCUGCCAAGUCAUAGAGGAAGCUGUUUCCUAGCUUCUUAAGCCUCCUAGGUUCUGGGGAAAAAACCCCAGGUCAGCUACCGCUUCCAGAAAGGGCAAUUAUGGCCAGUAAGUGGGGGGUUAUGGUUCCCCCCCAACCCCAUAUAAGUUGGGAUUAUGAAGACAUGUGAGGGAGACCCUAGAACAUCUCCCUCAUUCCAUUCCCUCCUUUUAAUAAUUAAAAUGUAGAAAUAUUGCUUUGGGGGUUAGGGUUAAUGUUGACUGGGAGGAUGACCCAUGUGUGCUAAACUGUUCGGAGAAUGGUGGUGGAUAAUGUCAGUGUCUGGAAAGGUAGCAUUCUUGUGGCUCAGGCACUAGAGAGAUAAGGUUAAAAUUACAAGUGGUCAUGGGAAGUGUCCUUUGUCUGGAGGGAACCUUUCUCCCAGGAGUCUUAAGCAAAAUGUUGAAGUUUUCAAAAGUCUAAUCUGAGGGUCACUUUUCAGAUAAGCAAUGGUCCUAUUCUUCCCCUUCAGGUCCUUAAUUCCAAAUUAGCUCAAAUGGUCUUUUGUUGGUGGUUUUGCCUUUGUGCUGGGGCAGUAUUUCCCUAUAUGCUCAAUUUUGGUAAAGGCUUAGGGUUGUUUGAUCUUUUGGAUGUGAGCCAUUCUGACCAGUAGUGUCACCCGUGGAGCCUCAUUUUUCAGAAAACAGUCCGUUAAAUAAUCUUCAUCCUUUCUUUUACUCUUUGCAAGUCUUCCUUCCUUUUUGUUUUUUCUUCUCAGAGAUUGAGCUACUUGGGCUAAAGAAGUUCCCUUAUUCCUCCAUGUACCACUAUUCCAUUUCCAGGCUUGAUUUAAGCUCAUCCCAAAGUGUCCGUUCUCAAGAGCAGACAAUGGGGCUAUAGUAUCCACAGGCACUUUUUUGGAAGUGGGGCAUAAGGUGCCCCUCCUAGUGGGCAUUUCAACAUGAGCAGUAGCUGGUUUGAACACUAGCCAAGGCCUUUGCUUUCGGUCGUAUUUACUUCAGCACUGUGUGCCAGUAAGUUUCCCACGUGCCUCUCGGGGCUACAGAAUGAGACUUUUGGCUUAGGUGACCCUACCUUUCCAGCUCCGAAUCCUUCGAUGCAAUUUUGACUGUUCCCCUUGUCUUCAAAUUGUCAUCUUAGGCUGCAAGUUACAAGUCCCUUGGGACAUUCAGGGCAGAAGGGUGGCAUGCCAGUUGGAACUCUCAAGUGAGCUGGGUUCAUUUCCCAACUUGUUCUCACCCUAUAUGUUGUGGAGCUCACAAACUAGUGGACUAGUAUUUUAGGAAGUGUGUUGAGGGAUUCUAAAGACCAACCGGACGAGGAAUCAGAGAAGGUAGAAUGUAAGCAAUGGCUGUUGGGAUGUGGGAUUGCUAAUCUGAUUUCAUCAAAAUUGAAGCUAGUUUAAAAACAUUAGCAAAACAUUCUUCUGUUGCCUGACCCCAUCAGGACUGGGGCUAUGUUUUGUGAUGCCUUGAUCGAGGGUGGAACUGGGACUAACUGUUUUGUUUUUUGCAAUGUCAACCUCUCCAUACAUCAUUUCCAAUAAUACUUUUCCCCCCCUGUUCUGCUUCUAUCUCCUGUCUCUCUUUCUCCUUUUAUUUUCUCCUCAAAGAGAUCUGAUCUUUGGGGGAAAAUACUCAAAAACAUCUGAGCUUAAUGUAGCAACUGUUGUCAAAGUGUCUCUCCCAUGUUUAUGUUCUUGUCAAAAAGUGUGUCUAGGGACCUUUUUGGAUGCAUUCAUUUUCUGUAAUAAAGUUUAUUAAUCAGUCUUCCCAAAAAGAAAUCUGUUGAAAUGAGUGUGCCGCUGGGGACGUGGGUGGUGGUUUGAAAACCUGGACUUUGGCUGUGAUCUUACCAGGACUCUGGAAAUGGGAGAGGGUGAUGAUAGUCCAGUUGAAGACAGUCCAGUUGAGAUUUGGUUCGAUGAGGGGGCUAUCAGGGUGAAGAAAACCUUUCUCGGUUUGAGAGGAGGCAGGGUCGCCCAAUCAGACUUGCUUUCCUGAUGCACUCUCAAAAAAGCUGAAUUCUGGCCUUGGCCCAGAUGGAGGUGGGCAAAGGGACUAGAUAAGUGUGGGAAGAUUUCAGUGUUUUCCUGUGUGCAUACCCCCACCUACCCAAAGUACAAAAUGGCCACAUUUGGCCAGAAUCAAAGUUUGGGGACACUGGGGGUGGGGGGGGCCUGACUACAAUUGCCAUAGCAGGAGUCAAAACGAGGUUUCCCUGAUAGAAGUCAAAUCUUUAUCCACUAACCCAUGCUUAGUAUUAGACUAAGUUGAAAUCCCAUGAGAGCUUCCAGCUUGUCUGUUCUACACCUCCCCCCAAAGUGGCUGAACUCAUGGAAAUUUAGAAAGGGUGAGCUCUGACUGGGGAGAGGGGAGAAAAAUGGGGAUGGCAUCAAGGGCAUAGUGGGGAGGGGGCUCCUCAUCUAUGCAUCCUGCCUGUUGAGAAAAGCAGGGUAACAAAUCCCAGUUCUACGCCUCAAGCUUAAAACCUUGUCAUAUGCAACUGCUUAUGACAAAUGGCUUCUGAGAUGAAGCUCAAUGACCAUUUCAUGGAAGGUCAUAUUUAAAAGAUAUCUAUGGUUUCAAGUGGGAUGAGGGAGACCUAUAUAGAUACUCAUCUAAUUAUAAAUUAAGAUUUGAAUGGUCAAACUCUGCCAAAUAAAGAGAGUAAACAAGGCAUAGGAUCAUAGAAGUAGAGCUGGAAAGGAAGUAUUGGAAAUGGAGCCAAGGGGGAAAGGGACCAAAGGAAAGCUGAACUGGCCCUCAGAACUUAACUGGUUUUCUUGGACUUUGGGUUAAUGACCAGUAUCAUUUAUUUAAGCCUUUGAAAUCCUGAAGAAGCUCUUUCCCAGGAGGAAACCGAGGCAGAUUUUCCCAGGGUCACGCUGCUAGUUCCGUAUCUGGUCAAAUUUGAAGUAGCUUGAACAAAAUUGGUCUCUUUUCUAUCAUUGGUCUAUGAUAGAUACAAUGUACUCCAAUAAACUAAAACUACAAUGCUACCUUGUGUAAGAAAAGUAACAUUUCCCACUGAGCCUUAGAGGUGAAGGGGCAGGGGAGAAACACGUAGUGCAAAGAGGGAUGAAGCAUCUGGGCCACAGAGGGAAUGGAGAAAGAGAUCAGCAGUGAUAGUCAGGAGAGUGGAGAUCAUCAAAGAGCGAAAGAAAUGAGGGUUCAGGACAGAGCUCUGAGGCACCCUUAAGUUAGUGGGCAUGAUGAUCCAGAAGACUGCAGAUCAUCAGACCGCAUUAAGAUACGGAGAGAUCAAGCAGGAUGAGAACUGAAUGCUGAGUAGUUCAAGAGCUAGUUACAUAGAAGAGAGAUCAAAGUUCCAUGUGGUGCCCCAGAGGGCAGAACUAGGAGUGAUGGGUGGGAGUUAGUUUGGCAGAUUUCCAAGGGAAGUAGAUUGCUGUGGGAGAGGGUCAGCUGCCCCACAAGGCUACUUGUGGAUGUUCCCUAGAGGUGACUCCUGGAGUGCUGGAGAUGCCACUGAGGGCCCCUCUUCCAGCUAGGAAAUGGCUAUGACAACUGAGGGCAGAAUAGCACACUAUGGUCCAUCCUCCUCAGUCUUCUGACAUCCUUCUCUUAUCCUUUCCAUAGCUUGUUUUCUUCCCAUCUGUUUUACUCCCCCCUCCCCCAUCUAACUUUUUUUCCUCAUCCUUUGCUUUGGAAGUACUUUGCUUGAACCCAUUUCCCCAUAGAAACAAGGUUAUAAAUGGCAGUUUCCCAGGCACCCACUGAGUCCAUAGUAUAGCUGAAUGCUAAUAAGGUGAUUUAAUGACAGUUGGCAGCUGUGUAAGACAGUGAUGCUGAUGGGGGGAAGAAAAUGGCCCGAUGUGCUAAGGGACAUCCCAAUGCAGUCCUGAAACCCUAUGGACAGCAUCCAAGGAAGCUAUCUCCCAGCCACAGGGCAAGAACUGGAUCCAAGUUUUUUGUCCCAAGGGAGAGAGGAAUAAGUCCCUCCUUCUAGAUGGGGAGAUAGAUCCUGGCCUGGGAAUCUGCACUAAUCUAAGUUGUCUGUACCUGGGCAUCUCAAACGGCGUGCUAUUUUGCAACACGAUUGAAUUAGCCCCUAUUUGGUACUAACCCUCUGGUUAGACCCAGGAGAAGUUAUUGUCCUUCCCUGGUCCUCUAACAGUUCAUUAGCUGCAAAAUCCAGAGUUUUGGGAAUGGAAGGACCAGAGAGGAUCUGGUCCAGCCUUCUCACCUUACAGUGGAGGGAAAUGACUUGCCCAAACUCUAGUAGUAAGUGGUUUUUGGGGACGUGACAUAGCUCUUAACUUCCAUCUCUUCAGUGGCUUUCCUUUUUCUUGGGGGCUGCUAUAGCUUCCUGGAUGCUUAUGGGAUUGGGUUAAUUUUGGAGAAGCAGGCAGUUGCCACAUGUGUGGUUCUAAGCCUGGCAUAAGGGUCAGAAAGUCAAGAGACCGUAAGAGUAGGCAGACAGGUUGGAAAAUGGGCCUCAAUGCUAAAGACUGCUUUCAGCUUGCUGACCCACCCUGUGAACCAAUCACUUUGGGUCUCAAUGUCCUCACCUAUAAGACCAUCACGUGGAUAGAAUUGCUUCAAGGUUUGCAAAAUGCUUUCCAUAGAUCAUCUAGCCCUUUAAAAUGAAGGUGGCGUCAUGUGCUUUCACAUCAGGUUGUUAUAUAGAGAAAAAAACAAAAUGAGAAGCAUUUUACAAAUUAGAGAACACUCCUAGUAGAGUUUUUUUACUUCUUUUUUUUUUUUUUUUUUACUUCUUUUUGCAAAAGAAAUUCUUGGCAGGUACAGGAGACGCACACUAGUAAUCUUUGUAGAGGGGAGGCUGAGGCUAGUGGAUCCUUUGAAGGAGAAGGAAAUAAGCAAUGGUAUCCACUAAUGUUAAACACUAUAGAAUUAUCCCAUUUAAUUCUCACAACAAUCUUGAGAGGGGGGUGCCCCAUUUUUUGUUGAGAAAAUUGAGGGAGAGGAUCAAGUCCACCUGCCUUACUAACCAAUCAGAAAGGAAAUGGGACAGAUCAAAUCCUCCAUCCCCUUUGCUGGCUGAUACGAGUGGCUAUUCAUACUUCAAGUUUGGGUAAAAUAGGGAAAGCUAGGUUCAAAAGAACUCCAAACACAAAAACACAUCAGGUAUUCUAGAAAACCCCAAAGUUGGUUUUACAUACAAUCCUAUCCCCAUACAAAUACAAAUCUUAUCCCGAUCCUUCAGGAACAGGUAAAGGAGAAAGAGAAUGGACUUCUCUGUCCUCCCUGCUCAUUCUUUCUGCUGUUCCCAUUUUCUGCUUUAUGAGGCAGCCUCAGUUUCCUCAUCAGGGUUGCUAAUUAACUUGGCAUACCUUAAGUCACCAUAUAAAUGCCAAUUAUUUCAUUUGAACUUUACAACACUCCCAUAAAGAAUCUGCCUUUAUUACCCUCAUUUUAUAGAUGAGUAAAGUGAGAGAUUAAACUACUUGCCUAGAGCCACCAUACCCUCUAGUGGCUUCUUCAUGACUAGGGAAUGCCUCAGUGAGAAAAACUGAUCAUUGUGACCAGGGUUCCUGAGGAGUCAAGUUUCAUGAUCAUGGUACACGGGGAGGGUGAUCUGGAGCAAGAAGGAUGAUGUGAAGGAACAUGAUGGCUCCUGUUCCAUUGUAGAAUUCAGGGUGUUGUGAAAGGUACUUAAAGUUAGAGAGGGUUUGGCUUUAUCUAACUCGUGGGCAGAGACUUCAAUUCCAAUUCCUAAAAAGAGAUUUUGUGAAAGGGAGAACACACAAUCUAAAAAAAAGCUGUUAUCAGAACCUGCCCAGUUUCCCACUAGUUGCAUAUUAGAGGUCUCUCUGGAAGCCCACUCUGAAGAGACCAGAAAAAUAUUAGACCAAUUCCCAAGCCCCCUUUUAGGCUAACCUUUUAUCCAUCUCAAAAAAAAGGAACGAAAAGAUUUUUAAACUGUUAGUUCUUAGCUCCUUUGGCCCACAUCUGCCUUGUCCAUUAGAUGGUCUAGAAAUACUGCAUUCCCACUCCCCCCAGCUGGGAUCAGCUGACACAAAUAUCUAGGACUGACAGAGUCUGGAUUCUGUCCCUACUAUGUGCCUGGACCUGUGUUAAGCUCUGAAGUUACAGCAAGUAACACAAGGAGUUCUGCAGGGAGCUCAUAGUGGACACAACAUGUAAACAACCUCAGUACAAAUGAGAUACAGACAGAAAAUAUGGAGAUCAACAAGAGAGAAGGCAGUAAAGGGGGUUAGGAAUGGUUUCUUGAGGGUGGAUUUUGCAAGUCAGAAAGUAGCUGUGGAACAGAGUGAAAAUGUGUCAAAAGACCACGUGUCAAGAUUUGUUCUUUGUCAGAUAAAUGGAAAAUGGACUAGGAUGGACAGGGAGAGAACAGCAAUUGCUACUACAGUAUUUAUGGAUUGAUAUGACAUUUGAGAGGUGCUGUUAAAGGAGACACAUGGGGUUGAGAAUGAGAAGAACUCCAUGGCAUACCCAAUUGAGUAUAAUGUAUAUUCCUUCACUUUGUCACCAAAGCCUCUUAGUUAAGAAGGCAAGUGACUAGCUACCCCAAGACUUAGUGGCCCCCAAAAGCCAUUUCAGGUGGUAGAUGGAACCUAGAACCCUGGUUGCUUUUGGACUUAAUUUCCUUUCAUUUAUCAGGCCAUUUCAUGCCAGCUCUUUGGGCUACAAAAAGAAACCCCAGCCUCACUGGGAGGCUACAAGGCGAAUCUAAGAAAAUGAACAUAAAAUAUCAAUAUAUUGGACUGUGGUGGGCAAAAAGUGUGGGAUAGAAGGGGCAGUUUCUGGGACUCUGGACAGAGCAGAUGGCCAAGUCAGGCCUUUCGAUCUGAGAAUUUCACUAUGGGCCAGUGA